CCGGCUGGAGAGAGACAGCGCCAUGGAGAUUUGGCCUCUGAUGCAGCUGCUGCUCUUGGGGUUGCUGCUGGGGGCGGCUCAGGGACAGAGGGAUGAGCUCAGCUCUGAGGAGGAAAGAAGAGCCCUGAUGCUGAAGCACCUGCAAGAGGUUCUGGAGCUCUCAGAAACAACCGGAGAGGAGGCUGCACAGGAGGUGACCCUAACCGAGGUGGGGGACCCAGCUGGCAAGGAGAUCUUAGACGAAAAUGCAGAGGAGGAGGAACCCGUAGAAGAGGCUCCUCGUACCACACAGCUGUCGCCAACCACAGCAGCCCCGGCUCAGCAGGAGGAAGAGGAUGACUUCACCUAUGUGUUCUCCCGCCUGAACAGCCUGGAUGCAGCCGUCCACCGCCUCAAUGUGCAGUUCCACCUCAUGGACGUGAAGGUCUCCCAGUUCUCUCAAGGCCUGGCUGAACUGAAGGGGAGCGUGACGGAGGCUCACGAGUCGCUCGACUCCUUGAAAGAAGUUGCCACGCGCAACCAGAAAGAGCUCGGAAAAAUUGAUGGUUGCUUGCGAGGCCGCCGGACCCACGCCAAAUGCUUCCUGAUCUUCAAGAACUUCGAGGUCUACGAUGCAUCACAAAAACUGUGCGAGCUCAGGGGAGGGAACCUGGCCAUGCCAGCAGACGCCACCGAGCUGGCCUUCCUGCGCCGCUACCUCUACGACGCCUUCCAGCCUAACAACUGGCCUGUCUGGGUGGGCAUCAACGACCGGCGCUCAGAAGGGCUGUGGCUCUUCGAGAACGGGCAGCGCGUGUCCGUCUUCGACUGGUACCGUGACUUCCUGGUGACUCAACCCAACGGCGGCGCCCGGGAGAACUGCGUGUCCCUCAGCUCAGACGACGGGAAAUGGUGGGACAAUGACUGCGAGCGGCGGAUGUAUUACGUCUGCGAGUACCGCCUCUAGGGGGGCGGCUGUCUCAGGUCCAGUCCCAGGUGCGCAUGGUCGCCAUAGGUAUCCUUCCGCUUACAGUGCAAUGGUUAGCAUGUCUGGGCUAUGUGGGGCUACAACCUCUGGAAGGCAGUGUGCCCUGUCCCAUUUUUUGCACCCCCAACCUUUCCCCAAGGCAAGCACCACACACUCUUACUGGUGGCCCUGUUAGCCAAAACAUCCCACUUAUUUCGUAGCCCCCACACCAUAAUAAAAAGCACCUUGCCCCCUCAGAGAGGAGGAAAUGCUGUGUCUUGCAAACAGGAAUUUCCAUGUCCCUAGUGUCCCCGUCCCCCC